AUGACAUCACCGUCUGGGGUAGCAAUUAGGGGCUUUAAAAAGCUGGUAAAUCCACCCGGUGGUUUUGCCGCCAUGCCUCCUUCUCAUGAGGUCGCCCCAACCAAAGUUGAUACACUUCCACAGCAAGGCUCUACCCAGCCCGGAGAUGGAGCCACGGUUCAUGCUGGAGGAGAAAUAUAUCCCACCGAGAUGUCAGCCUCGACUCAACCUUCUCAAACGACAGGAAAGGUACCUUUCAAAGAGCAGGUUGUCGGUUAUGCCCAGAAAACAAGAGGGACCCUCCUUGGAAAGCCUGAGUUGAAAGAUCACGGCGAGCGAAUCCUUGCAGGGCAAACCACGCAUGCCCAGGACCGAGAGAAGAACUGA